ACACAGAGGGGGGCGGGUGGACAGGAGUGAAAAGCAGGAUAACGGGAAACGGCCCUGUUUGGGAAAUCCAUCCAACAGUGGCGAACGUGACCGAGCGUCUCGCCUCCACGCUUUGAAGUGAGAUGGCAAACAUGUGCCCGUAUGGCCAGUUCACCCACGCGGUGGUGCGAGGCAUCUCGGAGAACUUUGGAAAGGUGGUGGGAGACAAUGGUGAGAACAAGGAUGUCUCAGUGGAACUGGCCAAGGCCCAGCGUCAGUUCGGCUGCCUGACGGGGGCGCUGAGGCAGAAGGUGGGCCUGCAGCUGAUCGAGAUCCCUCCCGACCCGGAGCUGCCCAUGAGCUGGAAGGUAGAGGACGUGGCGGUGAUCCAUGGUGACACGGCGCUCAUCACCAGGCCCUUCAGCCAGCAGAGGCGCAGUGAGGCGGAGGCGGUGCGCAAGGUGCUGGCCGAGCUCAACCUGACCAUCGUGGAGAUGGACGGCACCGCGGGGGACUCUGAGGGGGCCACGCUAGAGGGCAGCGACAUCCUCUUCACAGGGAAGGAGUUCUUUGUCGGCAUCUCCUCCCACACCAACAUCAAGGGAGCCAAAAUGCUGGCCGACACAUUUCGGGACUUUUCCGUGUCCACCGUGCCAGUCUGCGGCGGGGUUCGACUGAAAAACAUCUGCUCGAUGGGUGGAGCCAACACCAUCAUCAUCAGCAACAGCGACGGGGCCAAGAAGACACUGCGGAUGAUGGAACAGCUGACCGACCACCACUAUGAGGUUCUCACUGUGCCUGAGCAAUCUGCAGCUAACUGCAUUUACAUAAAUGGGCCUUCCAAGAAGGAUUUCCUGCUCCACAGGCCAGUGGAAGAAUGUCCCGACAGUGUGGCUGCGUUCCAGAAGCUGCAGGAUUACACCUUCUUGCCUACAGCUUGCAGCGAGGUCGCCAAGCUGGAAUCUUCUCUGUCCUCGCUUUGCCUCCUUGUUAAUAAGAAGCACAAAUAUUUCUGAUUGUCAAACCUAUCUGCGUUUUGGAUCCCUCAGUGCUGUCACUCUGAGGUAGGUGGGUGUCCUCACAGAAUGUUUAUGACCAAAACUGUUCACAGUGCAACCUGCAUGAUUUACAUCUGUUAACUACUAAGAUGUUCUGGAUGAAAGAAACGAUGGAUUUUGUGCUUUGCAGUGUUGUAGGAAUGCAGUUAAAUGCUUUGGUUGUUUUUAGCUACUGGGGGAGUGGGGGUCACAAUAGCCAAAUGAAGCUUUUGUACACUUUGCUACAACUUUUGUAUUGAAUGUGAUUGUAAAGGUGCUUCUAUUAAAAUGUCUGGUGAAUAUUGAAAAUCA